UUGUUGUAAAUCUCGGAACGGCCUUUGUUUUGCGAUUUUUAGAUGUUAUUUACAGAUAUUUGCGACUAUCAGUGCUAAGGAUUGAUAUGACGGAAAGGCGACUGAAGGUUAAAAGUUUAUUAAGGAUGAGUUUUAAGAAAUUAGCGAUUUUUAUUAAAUAUUGCAGAGUUCUGAUUGACUGAAGGUCAUUCAUUUUUUGAAUUGAAGAAGAUUGCGUUGUUCCAAUGUGUUUGAGGUUACUCAGGGGACAGGGGAGGAAUUACUCGGUGUUGGCAUUCGUUCCGAAGCACGAGCCCCCGAAUCCGAAUGAUUUGACAAAGUUAUCGAAUUUCAUCAAGAAUUCUGGAAGAAUCUGUGUCCUCACUGGGGCUGGAGUUUCUACAGAGAGCGGAAUCCCAGAUUAUCGGUCUCAGGGGGUUGGAUUGUACGCCACGAGCAACAAGAGACCGGUUCUGUAUCAGGAUUUCAGGAAUAAGGAGUAUGUCAGGCGGAGGUACUGGGCGAGGAAUUAUAUAGGAUGGCCGAGAUUUUCCAAAGUCCGUCCCAACGUUACACACAAAGUCCUGAAGCACCUGGAGGACCUCGGCAUAGUGAAUUGCAUCGUAACUCAAAACGUGGAUAGUCUCCACUGGAAAGCAGGUAGCAAAAAUGUGAUUGAGCUGCAUGGGACUGCAUUCAAGGUCAUGUGUUUGGGCUGCGAUCAAUUGAUAAAUCGUGAGGAAUUCCAGAAAGUUCUGGACCAGGCGAAUCCAUCAGUGAUAGCUGUCAGUAAAGCCAUACGACCAGAUGGUGACGUUGAGCUCUCUGAAGAGCAGAUCGAGGACUUUGCACUCCCUCCUUGUGAAAAUUGCGGGGGAAUUCUCAAACCCGAUAUCGUUUUUUUCGGUGAUAACGUGCCUCGAGCUGUAGUUGAAAAUGUUCGAGUCUCUGUCGAUGAAUCCGAUGCUCUACUAGUCCUGGGGACUUCCUUGACAACAUUCUCCGGGUACAGAAUUAUUCUACAAGCUGUUGACAGCAAUAAACCAAUUGCCAUCGUAAAUAUUGGGGAAACUCGAGCGGAUUGCCACGCACACGUGAAAAUCAAGAGCAGAUGUGGAGAAGUUCUCUCUAAUAUAUUUCCAUCUCAUGAUUUUAAUAGAAGUAAUUGAUGAAUAUUUAAUCUAGACAUCAUAAUUAUAAAUUCCCAUGAUUAAAUGAAUCCUGGAGUUGAUCAAGUUUAUAGGAAAUAAAUCUGUUAUCGAUGAUUAUUUAUUUGGCUUUUAUUUGUAACAAUGUGUAUAUUUUAUUAUAUUUUACUCAAAUUAUUUAUCUACGUGAUAUUUAAAAAUCCCUGAAAAUACGCAAACGAUGAGUGCAGACUCAAUCGUUCAGCAGAAUUCUUUGAUUAUCAUCUAGUGGAUUAAAAAUAA